CUUUAGCCCUGGUGAUGUAUUUCCAUUCUCACAGGCAUCUCAUUUGUUCUUCAGAGCCUGUAGAUCCCAAAGAUGAACCCCACAGAUAUAGCGGACACCACGCAGGACGAAAACGCAUACAAUAGUUACUACCUGUACGAAAGCUUGCCCAAGCCUUGCACCAAGGUUGGCAUCAAGGCCUUUGGGGGCCUCUUCCUGCCUCCUCUCUACUCCUUGGUCUUUCUGUUGGGUCUGUUUGGAAAUUCUGUUGUGGUUCUGGUACUGUUCAAAUACAAGAGGCUCAAGUCCAUGACCGAUGUGUACCUGCUCAACCUGGCCAUCUCCGACCUACUGUUCGUACUUUCUCUCCCGUUUUGGGGCUACUAUGCUGCCGACCAGUGGGUUUUUGGGCUCGGCCUGUGCAAGAUUGUUUCAUGGAUGUACCUGGUGGGCUUUUACAGCGGCAUCUUCUUCAUCAUGCUCACGAGCAUAGACAGGUACCUGGCCAUCGUGCAUGCAGUGUUUUCCUUGAAAGCCAGGACUCUGACCUUUGGGGUGAUCACCAGCUUGGUCACGUGGUCAGUGGCUGUGUUCGCCUCUCUUCCGGGCCUCCUGUUCAGCACCUGCUACACAGAGCACAACCAUACGCACUGCAAAACCAAGUACUCAGCCAACUCCACAACCUGGAGAGUCCUCAGCUCCCUGGAGAUCAACGUCCUGGGGCUGCUCAUCCCCCUGGGGAUCAUGCUGUUCUGCUAUUCCAUGAUCAUCCGGACCCUGCAGCACUGUAAGAACGAGAAGAAGACGAGGGCAGUCAGGAUGAUCUUCGCGGUGGUGGUCCUCUUCCUCGGCUUCUGGAUGCCCUACAACGUGGUGCUUUUCCUGGAGACCCUGGUGGAGCUUGAAGUCCUCCAGGACUGUACCUUGGAGAGGUACCUUGAUUAUGCCCUCCAGGCCACGGAAACCCUGGCCUUCGUUCACUGCUGCCUCAAUCCUGUCAUUUACUUCUUCCUCGGCGAGAAGUUCCGCAAGUACAUCGCCCAGCUCUUCAGAACAUGCCGGGGCCCUCUUGCGCUCUGCCAAUACUGUGACUUCCUUCAGAUCUCCUCAGCCGACACCUCCAGCUCCUCUUACACGCAGUCCACUGUGGAUCGCGACCUCCGCGAUGCUUUGUAACACGAGGACGGGGCUAAUGUGGCGUUAACAAGCUCCCCGCACCCGCCACUUGCUCACCUUGUUUUCAGUAAGCGCGGCCUGAGCAGGUGGCUGAGGAAAAUAAGCAAGCAAAGGUCAUGAAAAGAUGGCUUCUCACCCUGCAGGUGUUUCUUUCCCUUUCUCUGUAGAGGUGC